AUGAGGGUCAAUCUUGGGCUUCUUUUGCCCUUGACGGACAAAUACGCAGCGCCCACAUGGGCCAUACUCAUAUCAGGAUUCUUUAUGCUUCUUUCUGUUUCUCUCUCGAUGUACUUGAUAUUUGAGCACCUCUCGGCAUACAACAAUCCAGAGGAACAGAAAUUUGUUCUUGGUGUUAUCUUGAUGGUCCCUUGCUACGCUAUUGAAUCAUAUGUUUCAUUGGUAAAUCCAGACACUAGUGUCUAUUGUGGCAUCUUGCGUGAUGGCUAUGAAGCAUUUGCUAUGUAUUGCUUUGGAAGAUAUAUAACUGCUUGUUUAGGUGGUGAGGACAGGACAAUUGCAUUUUUGAAGAGGGUGGGUGGCGAAGAUUCUGGAGAACCUCUUCUGCAUCAUGUCUCCGAAAAGGGAGUCAUUCAUCAUCAUUUUCCUAUUAAUUACAUAUUGAAACCAUGGAGACUCGGUGUGCGCUUUUACCAGAUUAUCAAAUUUGGUAUAUUUCAAUAUGUUAUUAUAAAGACCCUCACAGCUAGCUUGUCUCUUAUUCUUCAACCUUUUGGUGUAUACUGCGAUGGAGAAUUCAAAUGGGGAUGUGGAUACCCUUACUUUGCUGUAGUCCUGAACUUCAGUCAAUAUUGGGCCCUAUAUUGUUUAGUGGAAUGGUACACAGCUACUAAGGAUGAAUUGGCACAUAUUCAGCCAUUGGCUAAAUUCCUUUCCUUCAAGUCUAUAGUCUUCCUGACCUGGUGGCAGGGUGUGAUAAUUGCCAUCAUGUAUUCUUUGGGCUUGGUUAGAAGUCCGUUAGCACAGAGCUUGGAGUUAAAAACAAGUAUUCAGGAUUUCAUCAUUUGUAUAGAGAUGGGCAUAGCAUCAAUUGUUCACCUGUAUGUGUUCCCUGCGAAACCUUAUGAGCUAUUAGGUAAACAAUAUUCGCCUACAAACAUUUCAGUGCUUGGGGACUACGCCGCCUCUGAUCCUGUGGAUCCUGAUGAGGUAAAGGAUAUCAGUCGACCUACCAAAGUGAGGCUUCCACAGUUGGAACCAGAUGAAAUAGUUGCAACUAAUAUUAAAGCGAGCGUUCGAGACUUUGUAAUUGGCAGUGGAGAAUAUGUGAUAAAAGAUUUUAAGUUCACUGUUAACCAAGCAGUGCGACCAGUGGAGAAGCGCUUUGACAAAAUGAAGAAGAACAUCAAGUUUAGUAGGCAAAGCCGGGAUGAUAAUUGGGUGAGCGCAUCCACACCAGAGAGGACCAUUCGUGGUAUUGAUGAUCCUCUCAUAAGUGGGAGCGCCAGUGACAGUGGGAUUGUCGGUAAAGGGAAAAGGCAUCGCAGAGAUCCGAGCUCAGCUGCUGCCGUGGAUAGUUGGGAAGGCACUGAGCAGGCACCUGAUGGCUUUGUCAUACGGGGUCGCCGGUGGGAAAUCAAGAAAUCGUGA